UUGACUCGCUCCAGCUUCCUCUGCUCUCUCUGUUUGGCCUGGAGCUGUGGGUGGUGUUGCUGUUUCUUCCUCCUGAAGUCAGACACUGCCUCAUGAGACCGUAGUGUCGGUCAUGUGGCCGCUGACUGCAGCUUUCAUAUUCAGGCAGCAAGCCUGUGUGGUAUCAGCAUUGAUCGUUUGCCUCAAUUCCUCACACUCUGACAACAAACUAUCAUGGAGAGUGAAGUUAUUACUUCCUACUUUUUGUUACUCUAACAUUUCUUUUCAACUUGAAUGACGUUUCUCCGCUUGACAUGCUGAGCUGGCCUCGCUCUACAGUACGCUCUGGUCGUGUCUGCUUUCCGGCUUCUCUCUAAACAUCUCCAGAAGUUAAAAAGUUGCAUUGUUGAAUUUCAGCUCUCGGAAAACCUUCUCUGAAUCUGAGGCUGUAAAAGAAGAGGCUGUCGCCCUCGCGUGAGCUGCGCCAUGUUGGCCCAGUGGUGCUGGACUUGACCAUCUGCAGGUUCAGUUCUGGAUCAGUUGAACCAUGAAUGCACUGCAGUGCCUCUUUGUGACUGAAGCGUGGCGUCCCUCUUUGUCUGCGGUCCUUACCUGGUAUUCCAUUGUUUUCCAACGCAGCACUACUACAUUUAACAAAGUGAAGGCGGAUUUAUUUUGCACUUUUGUUUAUUUUGCUUUAAUGAAUAAAUAUAAUUAAAUUGGAGCUCAGAGUUUGGAGUCCAUCUUGCUGUUGGUUCACUUUAAUUUUGCAAAAGUACAGUAUUUCUAUUCAAACAGUACGACCGUUACUUUCCUUCUGACGACAGUGGUUCCUUUGUGUUACAGUAAAUUUUAUUUUGGAAUGUACCGCCGGAAGUGUCCAUUGAAGCCAAUAUUUACAUUACCAGUAUUUUAAAUAGUUAUUACUUUAACUUCAUAAACGUAAAUGUGUUCUGUAAGCAAAACGUUGAACUCAUACUCGGUUCUUGAGUAUUUGCAGAAUACGUUUAAUCUGAAAAGUACCACCGGAAACCAGUUUAACGCUUUGUGACGUCAUGCAAAAAUGCCCACCUGCGAUUGGUCAGCGGCCACAUUUGAAUUACAAGGCGCACUCUGCCGGCUGGGAGGAAGUAGCUUCGCCUUGAAGGACGUUUGUACAAAAAUAACCGAGGAAACAAGACAAAAUAACCGGCGGAGUUGGAGAACACACAGGGUAACCAAGGGACCCAGGCUAGUGAGCAUCCCAGUCUGUGCUGAGAAACGGGGGGACACUUACCCCGUUCUCACCUUUGUUGUCUUAGAACAUUUCUCAAGAUUAAAGAUCUUGCUCUGCAGAAAGAUGGACGCCGCUGUGAUGGACCUUCAGAGUUUAUACGACAAACUCAUGUCGCACGUGGAGCUCCUCAGUCACAGUGUGGAGCCCAGCUUCAUCCAGAUGGCUCAGAACUUUGAGAACUGUCGGCGCCAGUGGUUGAAGUCGGAGCAGGAACUGGGCUCUUGCAAGGAGGUUCUGACCAAAGCAGAGACGGAGCGGGGCGCCCUGGAGGUCAAGCUGAAGCAUGCGCGCAACCAAGUGGACGUGGAGAUCCGGAGGCGGCAGAAGGCCGAGGCUGACUGCGAGAAGCUGGACCGGCAGAUCCAGCUGAUCCGGGAUCUUCUGACCAGCGAUGGCUCCAACAGCAUCCAGCUGAGCGCGGAGCAGCGAUCGGCUCUGGCGUUCCUCAGCACCAACGCUCAGCCUCCAGCCAACAUAAACACCAGCCGCAGACUGACCACCAUCGACGAGUCGGCCUCCAUCUUGUCCGACAUCAGCUUUGACAAGACCGACGACUCUCUGGACUGGGACUCGUCCAACGUGAGGACCAUGCGACUCAAGAAACGGGAGAAAAGGCGCUCGUCCAGGAAUCUGGUGGAUGGUCCUCAACCCACGUCGAAAAGGUCCCGGUCCACUGGCCUGACUGCAGAGAGGGGAAACGAGACUCUGGUGACAAAGACCACUGUGACGGUCCCUGCUGACGGAGGGCCUGUUGAGGCCGUGGCCACCAUCGAGACCGUCCCCUACUGGACCCGCAGCCGGAGGAGGACCGCUGCCCGGGAUUGGGACUCUGCCUCCGUCACUUCUGAAGACGUCUUCAAACCGCCCAGCGCCCCCGAGCCCGAGAGGAGAGCCGCUCCCAGCACGCCACAGAGCGGCACCGUCCGGCCGCACGAGUUUGUCUCCAAAACGGUCAUCAAGCCCGAGUCCUGCGUGCCCUGUGGGAAGAGGAUCAAGUUCGGGAAGAUCUCUCUGAAGUGCAGGGACUGCCGGGUGGUCUCUCAUCCGGAGUGCCAGGGUCGCUGCCCUCUGCCUUGCAUCCCCAACCCAUGUGCCACGCCCGUGAGGAUCGGCGAGGGCGUCCUGGCCGACUAUGUCCCUGAAACCUCGCCCAUGAUCCCCCCUCUGGUGGUGCACUGCAUCAGCGAGAUCGAUCAGCGAGGGCUGCAGGAGGACGGCCUCUAUCGUCGCUCGGGCGCCGACCGCACAGUGAAGGAGCUGAAGGAGAAGUUCCUCCGCAGUAAGACUGUCCCGGUCCUGAGCAAGGUGGACGACAUCCACGCCAUCACCGGCCUGCUGAAGGACUUCCUGAGGAACCUGAAGGAGCCGCUCCUGACCUUCCGGCUCAACCCCGCCUUCAUGGAAGCGGCCGAGGUGACCGACGACGACAACAGCAAGGCUCAGAUGUACCAGACCGUCGCUGACCUGCCGCAACCCAACCGGGACACGUUGGCCUUCAUGGUGCUGCACCUUCAGAGAGUGGCAGAGAGCAGGGCGACCAAGAUGAAUGUCAGUAACUUGGCCCGAGUGUUUGGGCCGACCAUCGUGGGUCAUGCGGUCCAGAACCCCGACGCCAUGACCAUGCUUCAGGACACCAAACGCCAGCCCAAGGUUGUGGAGCGCCUGCUCAGUCUUCCUGCCAGCUACUGGAGCCAGUUUGUGACAGCGGACAAAGAGAACCUGAACAGGGACCACCUGGUCUUCGAGAACACCAACUGCUACACACCUGAGCGCAGUGAGUGCAGCUGGUGCCUGGCGCCGGCUCGGGAGCCGCGGCGUGACCACCAUGUCUGUGUUUCAGUGAGCAUCCUGGGACCUCUGACCACUCCAGAGCACCAGCUCACCAAGACGCCCUCAUCCAGCUCCUUGUCCCAGCGCAUGAUGUCCAGCCUGACGCCUCGAUUCGGGAGUAAAAGCAAAUCGGCCACCUCCAUUCCUCGGCAGGGGAAGUUCUUCGCGUCUCCUCUCCUGAAAUGAUCUUCUCCCUGACCUUCUCUGUCAUUGUUUUUUCAAACCAAAUAUUUCUGAUUUCAGUGUUUGUCGUAGCUCCACCUACAGGCCACACCUGUGGGGUUGGAUGAUAUUUUUGGGAUUGCAAUUUCACGAUCACGUUCCUGAGCUCAUGUGUCACUCAGAAGUGAAGGAACUGAUUUGAAACAUUUCAAUGUUUUUAGCUAGUUUUUUUUUUCUUUAUUACUAGUGAGGAACCUGUUUGUUGUCUCUGACACAUUUGUAAACUCAUGUGUGCUCAUAUUUUUAAUCAAUUUUGAAAACAGAAAAAAGAUACUGAAUAGCUUCUUGUGAUCAGAUUUAAGUGUUUUUAUGGUAUAUUCUUGUUUUAAAAGACAAACUGCGAAACGACCAUAUUGUUUGUCUCUUUUUCUAUUGAAAUUGGCGAGAAAUAAACUAUUUUGGUUGAUCGA